AUUUGCUAAAGACAAAAUAGCAUUUCGUCACCUUCCAUUAAAACCUCCAUUAUUUCCUUUUUUUCAUUUCAUUUCCUUUGCUUUGCUUUUCAUUUCUCUCUCUCUUCCAUUAAUCUUUUCGAUCUGUAAAUCUUUGCAGCCCACCGCUGCACAAUCAAACAAGCAAAAACCCAUUGUUUCUUAUGUUCUUUCUUUGACUAUCCACAAAAAAAAAAUCUCUCAAAAUCUUAACUUUUUCUGUUGGGUUUGUUCUUCUUUCCAUGGAAAUGGUCAUAUCACAGUGAACCAAGAAAAAAAAUAAUGGAUCCGGACAGACCCCAUCGAAGUACUAGCAUCAACAACAGUAGCAGUAGCAGCAACACAACAAGCACCACGAGUGAGCUCUUCAUUUGUUUCACUUCAUGCCUUUCUUCUUCAUCAAUGAAAAUCUCUUCAAAAUCUAUCCUUAGUCCUGGUCGUAAUAGGGAACCUUCACAAAUCUCUCUUUCUUCAUCCCUUAGUAGGAGAUUGAGGAGUAAUGGUAGCAUGAAAGGUGGUCAUGCUUCACCAAUGUUCCCUACAAAUGGCAAAAAAAGAGGCUGUGCUUUUGAAAAUCCUGAGCCUUCUUCCCCUAAGGUUACUUGUAUAGGUCAAGUUAGAGUCAAGACUAAGAAACAGGGCAAAAAGUUUAGAGCUUGUAAAUCUAAAAGAAGAGGGGAAGUUAGUUUCAGGAAAGUGGAUCAUAACAAUGUCAACAAUGGAAGCAACAGUCUUGAUACAAGUAGCUGUCAGGAUUACAAUAUGGGUCAUUUUUUGAGCAAUAGCAGUCAUCAUCAUCAGCAGCAACAACAGCAACAAGAAUGCAAGAAAUGGGUGCAUCUGCCAUUGAGUAUUUGUGAAGCAUUGAGGGCAUUUGGGGCUGAAUUUAACUGCUUUUUGCCUUGCAGGUCUUCGUGUAUGGCUAACCAAAGGGACAAAGAAGAGAAAACAGGAGGAUCUGGAGGGAAUAAUGGUAAUGGAAAUGGGAGUUCUUCUUCUUGUGGGGCUGUUUUUUCCAGGUGGCUUGUGGCAGUGCAAGAAGGGGAAGGGAAAGAGAGGGAGAUUGAAUUGGUUGUUGGUGGCGAAGAUGAUGAGAGAAGGGGAAGUAGUGAGAUGAUGAGAAGUAGUCAAAGGAGACAUGUUUUUGAGGAUAUUGAAAUAAAUGAUUUUGGCAAUGAAAAUAUGGGUGAUGAAGAAGAAGAAGCUAGGGUGAGUAUUUGUAUACCACCUAAGAAUGCUUUGUUGUUGAUGAGGUGCAGAUCUGAUCCUGUUAAAAUGGCUGCUCUUGCUAAUAAGUUUUGGGAAACUCCAGUGCCUAAAGAUGAUGUUGAAGAAGAAGAAGAAGAGGAAGAAGCUGAAAAUGAAAAUGAAAGUGGAGAGAAAGAGGAAGAACAAGAGCUGGUGCAAGAGGAUGCUUUGGAAGUGGAAACAGAAGAAAGGCAAGUAAAAUUUGAGCAAGAAAUGGAACAUCAAGGAGUGAGUGAAGUUAGUGAAAUGUUUGUUUCUUGUGAAGCAACCGAGGAACAAGGAAUCCCAGAAGCAGAAGCUGAAGCUGAAACAGAGCCAGAAUCUGUUUUGGUAGGGGAUGAAACUGAAGUAGUAGAAGAAACAAGUGUAGCAUGUCAAGAUCAAGAACAAGAAAAUCAAGUAGAAGAAGACCAGCAAGAAUCAACAAUAAAAGAAGAAAUUUUGACAGAACUUGUUUCAUUUGAUCUUGGCAAGCUGCAGGAUGAAGAAAAUACACCAGAAAUAGAACAAGAAAAUGAAGAUGGCCUUGAAGAAGAAGCUGAAGAGGAAACUGUUAGUGGCAAAGCAAAGGAGGAAGGGGAAGAUCAAGCAGUAGUUGAAGAAGCUGAAGAUGAAGAAGGGGAUUCAACUUCAACAGUAGAGGGGGAAGAAACGGAGCCAACUCGAGAAAGACCCGAACUUGAAUGCCAUGAAACCCGAGAACCCGACCAGGAAGAUAAGUCAAAGAAGAGUGAAACUCAACAGAACUUACUGCCAGAUUGUUUGCUGUUAAUGAUGUGCGAGCCAAAGCUGUCAAUGGAGGUAUCCAAGGAAACUUGGGUUCGUAGCACGGAUUUCAUCAGGUGGGUACCAGAGAAGAAAAAGCAACCAGCGGUCAAACAAAAGGACGGUAAAGGUGAACCCAAAAGAAGAAUCAGCAUUGACUCUAAUCCCGCUCCAAUUUUCUUGCAGCCACCUAGGUCUUCUUGCUCUUUCCCGGCCGCUCCACCAAUGGCUACGGCGGCUGCUGCUGCUAAUGUAGCUGUCGGCGGUGGGUCUAAAGCUACCAUGGUCGAGCAGAAGCAUGUUGGGGGUAAAGGGUAUGAGCCGUUUGUGCUCACGCGCUGCAAGUCAGAGCCGAGGAGAUCAUCCACUAAGCUUGCACAGGAUGCUUGCUUUUGGAAGAAUAGGAAGCUCGAGCCGACGUCACUUGGAGUUGGCGCGGCUGGAGUUGGCUUUUGAUGAGCCGAGUUUGGUAAAAAUGCAAUUAAAGGUUAAAAAAUAUUUGUGGCAAGUGAGUAAAUCAGGAAAUGUUGUAGCUUUCGGUCGUUUUGGAUAGUAAAAUAUUUUGGGGUUGUUUUUUUUUUUUUUUUUUACUGCUCCAGCUUUGCUUUGUAAAUUACUUUUAUUUGAAGCAGUUCAUUUUGUUUUUUCUCCCUUAUUUUAGGUAUAAUAAAAACUGUAAAAGCUGUAAAAC